AUGCCCACGACAAGCGUGAUGUCGUCGUUUGACCGGCUUCGAGAGCUGGAGAAAAAGCGAUUCUAUGAGGAGCGCAAGGGCCAGGUGCCGGUCAUGGAUGCCGAGACGCUGCGUGAGCUGUGUCUGAACAACGACGGCUACGAAACGCCAGAGCUCAACGACAGCUUGUACGCUCACUUCCGCGGGUUCCAGCGCAUCGAGGGUUUGGAAGCGUACUACAACCUAAAAGCUCUGUGGCUCGAGUCGAAUGGCCUCUCCAAGAUCGAGAACCUGGAGCCUCUUGUCAACCUGCGGUGUCUCUAUCUGAGCAAAAACCUCAUCGAAAAGGUCGAGAAUCUACACACCCUGCGCGAACUCAAUACGCUGGACCUGAGCGAGAACCGCAUCCAGUCGUUGGAGGGGCUGGCCCAACUGCCCAACUUGCUGUCGCUCAAUGCGUCUCGCAACCGCCUCACGAGUAGCGCUGACUUGCAAGAGCUCGCGAAGUGCCCGCUUCUCAACAACAUUGACAUCAGCCACAACCAAAUCGACGACCCGGAGACUUUGAGCGUACUGAAGGCUGUCCCAAUGCUGAAGGCUUUGCGAAUCACCGGCAACCCCGUGGUCUCCAGCACGCGAUCGUUCCGCAAGACGUACAUUGCAGCGCUCCCCCAGCUGUCGUUCCUAGACCGACCCAUUUUCCCGAUCGAGCGCGCCUCGGUGACAGCGUGGCAAUCUGGCGGACUCGAGGCUGAGCGUGAGGCCAAGCGUGCGUUUAGUUUCGGGACUGGCAAACGCAGGUUCGAGAGCGGAGGAUCAAGGAGCUGGAGCUGGAGCGGGCCCAGAAGCUGCUUGAAGCCACCCCCGAGGCAGAGCCAGAAGAAGUCGAUG